UUUUUCUUCUUUUUUCUUUUUCCUUUGGGAGGGAAAUCUUUGAGUGUGUGUAUACUAUAUAAUAAGAGGUGGUGGGCUUGAUGCGAUUCUUCACCCAUGGGAUCAAGCAUGAAGGUUCAUCAGUUCGCACGUGGAUUUUGGGACGAACCCUCCCUCUCCCUCGGCUGCAAGCGCUUACGCCCUCUUGCCCCUAAGCUUCAACAACAACAACACCAACAACAACGACAUCCCUCCUCCUCCUCCUCCGAUCAUAACACUACCACCACCACGCUCACCACUUUGGACCUCAAGACCUUCAUCCGACCCGAUUGUGGCCCCAGAAAACUGGGUUCCUCUCAUGACCACAACAAAGGCUCUUCUUCCUCUUCUUCCUCUUCUUCCCCCCAGACGGCAGUGGAGACACAUCCCGGGGGGACGCGGUGGAAUCCAACCCAAGAACAGAUUGGGAUAUUGGAGAUGCUGUACAGCAGAGGAAUGAGGACUCCCAAUGCCCAACAGAUUGAGCACAUCACUGCCCAGCUCGGCAACUACGGCAAGAUCGAAGGCAAGAACGUGUUCUAUUGGUUUCAAAACCACAAAGCCCGUGAGCGACAGAAACAGAAGCGCAACAGCCUGGGUCUUCCCCACUCCCCCAGAACCCCCCCUCCUCCCAUCCUCCCCACCUUCCACCCUUCUUUCCCGGGAGAGGAAGACAGUCCGUACAAGAAGAAGUGCUUGUACUGGGGGUUUGAGUGUUUGGUAGAACAUAACGGUAUAUUGUGUAAAAGGGAGGACGGUGAUAGGACUCUGGAGUUAUUCCCGUUGCACCCAGAAGGCAGAUGAUCCAAUUUGUUGCGAUUUUUUUCCCAAAUUUCAAAAAAAAAAAAAAAAAAAAAAAAAAAAAACUUUUAAUUUUGAUAAUCUGUGUUGUCACGAAUGUGGUUUAAAUUUGUGUUUCUCUCUUUUUUCUCUUCUUUCUGUUGGGUUUGGAGAAAGAAGAAAGAAAAA